AUGGACAGAGGCGCUCAUCCGGCCAUUGUGCAGGCUGUCAGCAGUGGGGUCCGGGGGAUGGAGCAGGUCCCGGGUGGUCCCUUCCUCUACGGCUCCUUCCCUUUCUUGGAGCUUCCUGGCUGCCAGGAGGUGAGCACCUUCCGCUGCGCUAGAGUCAGCGGAUCAUGGGCCCAAACCUCUGGAACUGAGAACUUCCGCCAGAAGCCCGCGCGCGGCCGGAAACGACAAAGGAAAGCGCCGGAAGCCGACGCCAGGCCGGAUUCCAUUGGCUGCCUUGCCGGAAGCUGCGCGUUCUGCUGGCUCAGGCGCCGCGCCCACGUGCUUCCGGGACGCCGUGUGUCCCACUGCUCCCGGGAGUCUUCUCCAGCCUCCCCUAGCGCGGCCCCUAAGACUUCCGCCAGAAGCCCGCGCGCGGCCGGAAACGACAAAGGAAAGCGCCGGAAGCCGACGCCAGGCCGGAUUCCAUUGGCUGCCUUGCCGGAAGCUGCGCGUUCUGCUGGCUCAGGCGCCGCGCCCACGUGCUUCCGGGACGCCGUGUGUCCCACUGCUCCCGGGAGAGAGCGGCACCGGGCCGCCGUGCAGCACUUCUGGGGCGUCCUGGCGGCCCGGGGUCUGCUCUACAAGGGGCUCUACGAAGGCUGGUACUGCGCCUCCGACGAGUGCUUCCUGCCUGACUCCAAGGUCACUCGGCGGCCCGGCCCGGCGGGGGAGUUGCGCCCAGUGUCCCUGGAGAGCGGGCACCCCGUCUCCUGGACCAAGGAGGAAAACUACAUUUUCAGGCUGUCGCAGUUCCGGGAGCCGCUCCGGCGGUGGCUGCGAAGCAACCCGCGGGCGAUCGUCCCCGAGCCCUUCCAUCACGCAGUCCUUAAGUGGCUGGAGGAGGAGCUGCCCGACCUCUCCGUCUCUCGCAGGAGCAGCCACUUGCCUUGGGGCAUUCCUGUCCCCGGGGACGAUUCGCAGACCAUCUACGUGUGGGUGGAUGCACUGGUCAACUACCUCACCGUCAUUGGCUAUCCGAACGCCGAGUUCAGAUCUUGGUGGCCGGCCGCAUCCCAUGUCAUAGGUAAGGACAUCCUCAAAUUCCACGCCAUCUAUUGGCCCGCCCUUCUCCUCGGGGCCGGACUGAGUCUUCCACAUCGCAUCUACGUCCACUCCCACUGGACAGUGUGUGGCCAGAAGAUGUCCAAGAGCUUGGGCAACGUGGUGGAUCCCACGGCUUGCCUCCGUCGCUACACUGUGGAUGGCUUCCGCUACUUUCUCCUUCGGCAGGGCGUUCCCAGCUGGGACUGUGACUACUACGACGAGAAGGUGGUUAAGCUGCUGAACUCUGAGCUGGCGGAUGCCCUUGGAGGCCUUUUGAACCGAUGCACUGCCAGCCGAAUCAAUCCCUCUGGGACUUACCCGGCCUUUUGCACCGCCUGCUUUCCCAGUGAGCCAGGGCUACAGGGGCCAUCAAUUCGCGCCCAGGCAGAGGACUAUGCUCUUGUGAGUGCAGUGGCUGCUUUGCCUGCGCAGGUAGCUGAGCACUAUGACAACUUUCAAAUCUAUAAGGCCUUGGAGGCGGUGUCCAGCUGUGUCCGGCAGACUAACGGUUUUGUCCAAAGGCAUGCACCGUGGAAAUUGAGUAGGGAGAGCCCGGUGGAUGCCCCCUGGCUGGGAACUGUGCUUCAUGUGGUCUUGGAAUGUCUGCGAGUCUUUGGCACUUUGCUUCAGCCAGUUACCCCCAACCUAGCAGAUAAGUUGUUAUCCAGGCUGGGCGUUUCAGCCGCAGAGAGGGGUCUUGGAGAGCUCCAUUUCCUGCCUCGAUUCUAUGGACACCAGUGCCCUUUUGAAGGGAGGAGCCUGGGUCCUGAAAUUGGGCUUUUGUUUCCAAGACAGGGCCAGCCCAGGGCUCGGAUGGUGAAAGCUCAUGGGACCUAAAGACUUGGUUCUUACCGGUUUGUGGUGGUAAAACUGCAAAUGUUAUUUUUUUUUCAGGAAAGUUAAUACUAAGUAUUUUUUAAAGCAUCGCAUCAGAUGAACUCACAAGCUGUAUGUUUCCCUGUGACAAGGCCUUCAGUGCUUACCCCUUUUCUUUUCCCAGUAACCACUGUCUUUUGUCCACUAUUAACAUGUCUCCAGGAAAGAUGGGUAAGAGACUGGGGUGCUGAUACUAUUCCUUUCGUUGUACCCCCUCUCCAGCCGGUUAUUUGUGCAAUCUACCUCUUACGGUGCAGGGGUUGGAGGCCCCCAUCCUUGGCUUUUACAGGUUAACCCUACUUGUUAUACAUACCUGGUCUCCGGUUAAAAAGAGAUUCUUUUAUUUAAACUUUAAAAUCAUGCCCUAGAUGAGAUAUUUUGCGCAUACUUAUCCCUAAAUUCCUACGAGGACUCCCUGUCUUGUAAGUUAAUACAAACAGCGGUGUUUCUUAACAUUACAUGUCAACUAGUAGGUGGCUGUGGUCUCACACUUUUAAAGUUGAGGUUUCAGAAUAUUUAAAUUAUUUUAGUUUUUUGCUUAUUUCUCAGAUCUUUCAUUUAUUUUAAGAGAUAACUGCAACCACUGUUUUAACAAAGCAAUAAAGUAGAAUUCUGUUUGUUUGUUUAUUUAUUUGCUACCAGGGAUUGAACUUGGGACCUUGCACUUGCAAGGCAGGCAGUGGAACCACUGAGCUAAAUCCGCAGCCUAAAGUAGAAUUCUGUUUCGUAAUGACUACUGAAAAAUGACACUUACUAAUUUUCUAAGUGUUUCACAUUGUUUAUAUGAUAAACUAUAAAACUCUGAAGGCACUUGAUAUGUUAAAAAAAUGUCCAACUUCAAUAACAGGUAUGGCUAAUCCGUACAGGUUUCAAAAGGGCAAUAUUCUCUUUGUUCUGUCUUCAUUUUGUUAUCCACAUACAUAAUUGACCACAGGAUUUCUUUUGGUCAGUCGAGAUCUGUAGUACAAUGUAGAAAUUGUAUAAUAGUUGCUGACAGUGUUAAUACUUGAGUUUCAAGAAGUUUUGCUGAUUGUUUUGCUCUUUUAACUUAUUAAGGUUAAAAAGUUUUCAAGUACCUUUUUCAGAUCUGUUCUAGAGCAUUUGUUGAAGGUGCAGGUGGAGAGAAGAAAUGAUCAGUGCUCCAGGAACCUCUGAGUGGACUUAGGGAUCACUUACAUCUCCCUAAGAGAAAAGCAGAGGAGAUUUCAAUAUAUCAGUUUAUACAGUAUACAGCAUAGUAAACCGGGGGACGUAGGUGCCUGGACAGUGAUGAGGAAUCAGAAGUGAGAACUUCCCUCAGAAAAUCUAAGCGUGGUAGCAAGCACAUACUGUUGUGUAGCAGUUCCCUUGGAUCUGUUCUAGCUCCAAUUUUCUGUUUAUUAGCAAGCUAAGGGACUCCUAGUUGCUUGGAAAAUAAUGUUUGAACACAUUCUCAAGGUGGAAGGACCAUUUUCACAAGUCUUGGGCUCCGUUUGUCAUUCUUUGCUUUCCAUGUGAUGUGUGGGUGUUACAAGAACAGACUUCUAGGCAUAGCCGGAAGUAUCUCGCAGGGCUGGAGGAGCAAAGAUUGGUGAAAGGUGGUAUUUACACGAAGGAAGGAAAAUAUUUGGAAAAGUAAUGAGGUGAUCGCCUCUGCGGCCUUAGAGCUGCAUGACAGUCCUGCCAGGCCGGAGACACCGACUCUUUCCCUUGAAUGAUCUUGUGGCCCAGUGCUGGUCAGUACAAUGGAGCUCGGCUUGCUGGUGUUGGAGUUCGUUCCGUGCAGCCUGUCACUUGUGCAGGACUUAGCCUCUGGUUAAGGUACAGGAAAACAGCUAGAAAGAGAGCAUAAUGCUUAUAAGGGUGGGAUUUUACUCUUUUUCCGUUAAGUUUCUUGGUACAUUUUCGGUAUACAGUACAGUCACAUUCAGCACUGGGAACUUGUACCUUU